AGUGUAGGAAUUUCCGGUUACGUCAGUGCGUCAGGACUCCAUUAGAGCUGCAGCUGUUUUGAGAAACAACAACAAAAACGGGCAUUAACUGACAGUUCUCUCUGAGUCCGACAACCAAGCCUUCAAUCUGGAAGCUAGACGUCCUUUUCCCACCCGGAGCUCCGUCGGCUGCUAACCACGGCCGCUCUCGGUGAGGAAACUCUGGCCUCCGCUUCCUCCUCCUCCGACUCGGACACCGGUGGAGCGUCACCGCCCCCGCGGAAGAAGCACCGAGCCUCGGCGGCGGAGGGAGCAGGAGAGCCCGGGGCUUCAGCAGUUGUAACAGGCCUAACUGGAGUUGUCUUAGGACUUGCUACCCACUCUCAAGCCACCUCUGCCAUCCACUUUAACCGAAGUAUUGUCAACAAUCUUAGCAGCAGUAUGCAGGCAAACGGGGCAGGACAGGGACAAGAAUCCGGAGAUAUUUCCUGCCUAAAUAGCGCACAAAAUGGGGAGUCUUCUUCGGCUGGCCACUCCAAUGGGCUCCUCUCCAGCACGGACAACGGGAAUAGCGUCGGUACCAGCAAUGGGGCUUCCACGGGUCCCGGUUCGGGCUCGUUGGCAGGCACCACGGCUUCAAAUUCAGAACUUAAAAAGAAGAAACGCUUAACACAGGCGGAGGAAGAUGUCAUUCGAUUAAUAGGACAACAUCUCAACGGAUUAGGGCUAAAUCAGACAGUGGACCUGCUGAUGCAGGAGUCAGGAUGCAGACUCGAACAUCCUUCUGCCACUAAAUUCCGCAAUCAUGUCAUGGAGGGGGAGUGGGACAAGGCUGAGAAUGAUCUCAAUGAACUGAGGGCACUGAUGCAUUCUCCAAACGCUAUUGUGCGAAUGAAGUUCCUGUUGCUGCAGCAGAAAUACCUGGAGUAUCUUGAAGAUGGUAAAGUCCUUGAGGCUCUUCAGGUCCUGAGAGGAGAGUUGACACCGCUCAAAUACAACACAGACCGCAUCCAUGUCCUCAGCGGUUACCUCAUGUGUAGUCAUGCAGAGGAUCUGAGAGCUAAGGCUGAAUGGGAGGGCAAAGGCACUGCCUCACGGUCUCGACUCUUGGACAAAUUACAAACGUACCUUCCACCAUCUGUAAUGCUGCCUCCUCGGAGGCUACAGACACUUCUAAAACAAGCAGUAGAGCUACAGAGAGAUCGCUGUCUUUACCACAACACCAAGCUGGACAAUAGCCUCGACUCAGUGUCACUCCUUCUAGAUCAUGUUUGCAGCAGGAAACAGUUCCCCUGUUACACCCAACAGAUUCUUACAGAGCACUGUAAUGAAGUAUGGUUCUGCAAAUUCUCAAACGAUGGCACAAAACUUGCAACUGGCUCAAAAGACACCACUGUCAUAAUUUGGCAAGUGGAUCCAGAGAGCCACCAACUGAAGCUCCUGCGGACUCUUGAAGGACAUGCAUACGGUGUGUCCUAUUUAGCCUGGAGUCCAGAUGACAUGUACCUGAUCGCCUGUGGACCGGAUGACUGCUCUGAGCUGUGGCUCUGGAAUGUUCAGACGGGGGAGCUACGGACUAAGAUGUCUCAGUCCCAUGAAGACAGUUUGACCAGCGUGGCCUGGAACCCUGAUGGAAAACGUUUUGUGACAGGAGGACAGAGGGGACAGUUUUAUCAGUGUGACCUGGAUGGUAACUUGUUGGACUCUUGGGAGGGCGUGAGAGUGCAGUGCCUGUGGUGUCUGGGUGACGGCAGGACCGUGCUGGCCUCAGACACUCACCAACGAAUCCGAGGGUACAACUUUGAGGACCUUACAGACAGAAACAUAGUGCAGGAGGACCACCCUAUCAUGUCUUUUACUGUUUCAAAGAAUGGAAGAUUAGCUUUGUUAAAUGUAGCAACUCAGGGAGUCCACCUGUGGGACCUUCAAGACCGGGUGCUGGUGAGAAAAUACCAAGGUGUAACCCAGGGCUUCUAUACCAUCCACUCCUGUUUUGGAGGACACAAUGAAGACUUCAUAGCCAGUGGCAGUGAAGAUCACAAAGUGUACAUCUGGCACAGACGUGGAGAACUGCCCAUUGCAGAGCUCACAGGCCACACACGCACUGUUAAUUGUGUGAGCUGGAACCCGGCAGUCCCCGGACUCAUGGCUUCAGCCUCAGAUGAUGGCACAGUCCGCGUAUGGGGUCCUGCACCCUUUCUUGAAACACAGGAAGCUGAUGGACUCAACGAACACUGCAGUAAUAUGGACAGUUGAUGGUCACUAAUUAAGCAGACGACAUCUCUAACUACAGAUUCAAGAAUCCCACAAUAGAGAGGAAACUUACCUGAGUAAGAAAAAUCUACCACGACCCCAAAUCUAGCGAAGAUUAAACAAAUGCAAACACGAGGAUACAACAGAAUACCAUAACCAACCAAGGAGGGCGUACAUCAAACAGCAGAAGUGACAUGUUCUUCUGAUCCAGAGAAAUGGAAAACCAGUUAUCAGGCACUGGUGUUCUUCAAGUAAUCACUUCUCCCUCAUCUUGUUGUAUGGCUACAACCGAGUGUCAUCCUUGUGAAAAUCCCUGAAAAACUCACAUCCACCUUGAAUUUGGAGCACAUUGAGUGAUGCCUCCAGACAGACACUGCAGGCCAGUCCUCUUCUGAUUGGACUACACCUGUCUGCCUGUGUGUCUUGCACGUACCUGUAUAAUGUCUCCAUUGACAUGAGUGGGGUGUUUUGGGGGGAGUGGGGCAAAGGGGGUCAAAGCAACUCUUCUAUGUAUGUUUUACUAGUUCCCCCUUUUCUUGCUUAUCUUCGCUAUUGAUCUACGGGAGGCAUACUCCAUGAAAAGAACACCGACCGACCAACUGACGACCACAAAAUGGCUAUGCUAAAUGUUGGGAUUUUUUUACAAUACUCAUCAUAGCAUUAUUUUCAUUUAAAGGUGAAUCUUAGCUCAAGUAGUGCCCGUGGAAAACUUUAGCGUGGAGAUUCGACUUUGUGUUUCUCAUGAUUAGGAACUUUUUAUUCCCUUAUUUAACUCCUAACAAGGACAUUGCUGUAAUGUUACAACUGGCAGCCCCCAGUCCCUCUGUUGAGCUAGCUACCGCACAACUCCAUUACAUCUGCCUAUGAGGAGAAAGGACAGUUAUUGACAGUUCACAUAUCAACAUGUAGAGAGUCUUAUGUUGGAGAGAUGGACUAACCGCUGUCAAAACACAUACUAUGACCUUUCUCCACAAAAGACAAGCUCACAGAUGUGAAAGUGCAGCUCUAUUGCACACUGCUGACUGCUAUCUCCUCUGUGUGUGUGUGUGUGUGUGCGUGCAUGUGUGUGUGUGAAUGAUGAGAGCUGUUACGCAUGUUAUGAGAUUUGACAUUUGUGUCCAUAGAUGCGUGUUUUGUAUGUGUGUUUAGUUCACACCAGCAGAAGAGUUUUGCUCCACCUCCUUUCUUAUGCCCCUAAUCCCAUAGUAAAAUGAAAGAGGAUUUUAAACUAAUUCUAAGUUAUCCAAAGCCCCAUAGGGACCUCUAUCUGUGGAACAAAGAAUACUUGAGAGCCAUUUUGUAAAAGGAAACUUCUUUUUUUUAAUAUAUCUGGGGCUUUAAUUUUACAUUUUUUCCUUCCUAACCACGUGGCAUUCAAAUGGCACUGAGUUAUUGGCAUGGCAAAAUAAUUGUGGGAAAACAAAGUGAUGAUUUCUAAGCAAUUUGAGUGAGGCAUGUUUGAAAAAGCUGUGGAGUGUUGUGUUAUUUGCAAAGGGUCAUUUCAUAUGAUGAUUUGAGGAUUGUAAUUAUUGAAUAAGUAGUUAGCACAGCCCUAGAAAGGAGAGGUACCAAUAGCCAGAACCAUACGCUGAUCCCACCACGUUUUGGGAGUGUCGUUGCAAUUCAAAUAUAAUACACACGGACUGCCUUUCUGUUCAUGUGAUUGAACACAAACCAUUGUUAUAUAUGACACCCCCUCUGCACUUUGAGUGAACCUCCACUCUCGCACCUGCUGCAAAAAUCAACCAUAAGGUUCAUUGCCUAGCAGACCUAUGGUUGCCAUUUUGGCCAUUCUCAUGGCUUAAAAGCUUGUAUUGGCAAGACGUAAUACCAGACAGGUGAUCAGUAAAGGAGCUGAGCCCUCACCAUGCGUCUAUGCACCAGGGCAGUAGCCAACAUUCAUGUAGACUGUACAUUGAAGUCCAUGUACAUGUCGGGCACAGCUGCCUCUUGGAGCUUAGAGAAACUCAGCAGUACACCCCUCGCUGUGCAGCCACGUUACUCAGUGGUCAGUGAACCAUUCAAAGCUUUCUUCCUCCCUAUUUCAGGGUAUGUCAUAACUAUUUGCUACAGACUGAUAUACAGUAAAAUGUUAAAACUGUGCUUUUCUGUCUGUUUUUAUUGAAUUUUUGUUACUUAAUUUUUUUUGUUGACAUUAUAUCAUUUUUGUUUGGCGUCUAUCCCUGUAUAAUCAUAUUAAAAUAUAACCAGACAUUUGGACUCUUCAUUUUUUUAUUCUUUUAUAAUCCUCUUAUGUUUUUUUUGUUUGUUUUUUUUGUUUGUUUGUUUCAUUUUGUUAACUUAUGUCUUAUCCACUGCAAUUAGUAACUAAAUAAAUAUGCACAGUCACAACCAUGCCAAAAGGUGUGUGGUGAGUUUUGAAAAAGUGUUAGGUACAAUCAGGUCUAAACUAUCCACCCCUCGCCUUUAAGAGUUUCCUCCAUGUGAAGAUGUACUUUUUGCAUGUCUGUGUACCUGAAUGAAAUACUUUGGUGAGUCUUUAUUGAUUGGCAAUUGCUACUUUCAAACUUGAUUGAAGCCAAAGCAUUGAGGCAUAUAGUGCUUUUUCCUAUAGGCUACUUGUUUCACUCAGCAAAUACACAAUUGUAUCUCCACGCCUGGAAAGCUGAAUGGACUCCUUCCAUGCCACACAACAUGUCAGCAAACUGGUUAAUCAUACAAAAAUUAAACAAGAUCUUUGGUUUAGCCCAUCAGACAUCUGUUGGUGGCAAAUGCUAUGUCUGUAUGCAAGCUGGUGUCAAAGCUGUUCUUUUGACUUUCUGAUUUAAUUGUCUUAUUUUCUGAGGUUGUGAUGGUGGGUAGGGGUGGUGGUUAAAAAGGGCUGACUGUAGCAUCUCUAAGUUUCUGGGGCGAGGGAGGGCCGGGGACCUGUGUGGGGUUUUUCGUUCACAAUGUGUUAAUUACAAGUGAUUGUACUGUUUUGUAUUGUGUAGGAAGUGUUAUGUAUGCAUAUUUUCAAUAAAUCAUUCAGGGUUUUAACAAUGGUCCAUGGACAGUUCAUAGAGCAGGAAAAUCAUAGGUGUCUAUGGUAAUAACAGAAUGGUUACCCCACCCCAGAGCAUACAAACUGACUGAAAAUGUCUGUUAAAUAGAAACAAAAUGCAAUGAAUAAUUCCAUUACAUUUUGAAAGCUUGAAAGCAGACAUGACUGGAAUAUUCAAUGCCAAAAUUAGGAAUGACACAAAUUGCCAAUAAAAUAACAUUAUUUUAAUUAA